AUGCCACGAACAUAUAAGCGAAUAACCAAUAGGCAAAAUUGGGAUGCUGAGCACAUGAAAAAUGCCAUAGCAGAAGUUAAGCAAGGAAUGCCUGUGAAAACCGCUGCCCGAAUCUUUAACGUACCAAGAAUGUCGCUUAAACGGCGUGUAAUGGACAAAAAUAGUGUAGCAAAGCUAGAGAUAAAGUCACUUGGGAGCUGCCACCCUGUAUUUUCGCCGGAACAAGAGCAAGAGUUAGUAACUCAUAUCCUAGAUUUUGAAAGCAGGAUGUAUGGACUCACAACUCGUAAUUUGCGACAACUAGCUUAUCAACUUGCUGAAAAGAACAAAAUUCCCCACAAGUUCUCUCAUGUAGAAAAAGCUGCUGGUAAAGAUUGGUUAAGCGGUUUUAGAAGAAGACAUCCAGAGAUUUCCUUGAGGUGUUCUGAAGCGACGUCAGCUGCUAGGGCAAGAGCCUUUAAUAAACCAGUUGUGACAAAGUUCUUCAAUUUGUUGAAAGAGAUUUACUCUAAAAAUAAUUAUGCGCCUCACCGAAUUUUUAACGUAGACGAGACUUCGAUUUCUACUGUUCCUGGGCGAAACUCAAGAAUAUUGGCACGAAAAGGUUCCAAACAAGUGGAAAGGGUAACAUCAGCGGAGCGUGGGGUUCCGACAACAGCGGUGGUUUGUGUAUCAGCUGCUGGAAGUUUUGUCCCACCGAUGCUUAUUUUUAGUAGAAAGCGAAUGAAGGCCGAACUAACAGAUAAAGCUCCUCCGGGUACCAUUUUUGCGUGUAAUGAAAGUGGUUGGAUGCGUACCGAAGUUUUUAAGCAGUGGUUUACUCACUUCGUAUCUUUCGUCAAACCGAGUAAGGAUGCGCCAGUGUUACUUAUAUUAGAUAAACAUUUAUCGCACACAAGAAAUCUCAAUGUUAUUUUACGUGCCAGAGAAAACUUAACUGUAACCAUCUUGUGUUUACCUCCACACUGUACUCACAAGCUGCAGUCGUUGGACGUUGCUGUUAUGGGUCCCCUUAGUGUUUAUUUAACUGCUUUCCUGCUAUCCUGUGAAACGGUCAAGACAGAGAGAGAGGAUAUAGUCUUAGUUUUAAGCCCAAAUAAUUCUUAG